AUGUUUGAUUUAUAUACUGAAGCGGGGAAAGUUGUACAAAAGGCGCUCAAUAAAGAGAAGAAUGUUCGAACUGCAGUUUAUACAAGUAAAUUCAAGAACAAGAAGCAAUUAUUACGUUUAUGCUGUCAGACGUUGCAUUUUCGAAGCUGUUUGGAUAGAAUUUUGGAAGUCACAGAACUGCAUGACUUGCUAAAAGAGCUGCAUUUUAAUCGUUACCUGUUAUAUGUAUUACUAUAUGAUCAUAUUUUUGGCCAAGGAUUGGGCAAAACUAGGAAAGCAUAUUCUAAUGCUAUUUUGAAACGUGCCGCCUACAUCGAUCAGCAAUUAGAAACUGUGAAAGAUAUGAUUGAAGAAACGAAAGAGCAUGUUGCACAAUCUUCAAGAGUCAUAAAGAAUCCCAGAUAUGCAAGAGUGAAUAUUCUGAAAUGGUCUUUUGAUGAAGCAUUACAAGCCUUGCGAGAUGAAGGAUGGAUUAUUUCGAGUUUAGAGCCUCAAGAAGAUGACGAAUGGUACAAAACCGCUGUUGGUUCGAUGCUGGAAAAUCAAGUUUACAUUGAUUGUCAUGUAAAUGAGUUGCUUCUCUUUCCUGCAAAUACCGAUUUUCACCAACAUUGGAUGGUUACAGGUGGAUAUAUAUUAUUGCAAGACAAGGCGAGCUGUUUAUCGAGUAUGAUUUUGAAUCCAAAAGCAGGAACUUAUAUUUUUGAUAUCUGUGCAGCGCCUGGCAUGAAGACUGCGCAUCUUGCAGCACUGGUCCGAAAUGAAGGCAAGAUUUGGGCAAUUGAUAAAGCAAAUUAUCGGAUUGAAACAUUACGUACAAUGAUCAAGAAAGCUGGAGUAGUCAAUGUUGACGUAUGCUGCAAGGAUUUUCUUCGUCUCGAUGUGACAGAUAAUAAAUUUAAUAAGGUGCGAUAUGCAUUACUCGAUCCUCCAUGUAGUGGAUCUGGGAUUGUCAAACGUAUGGAUCAAUUGAUUAAUGAGGAAGAAAAGAUAAGCACGAACCGUUUAGGAUCUUUAUCAAAUCUACAGGCUAUGCUUUUGAAACAUGCGAUGGCAUUACCAAAUUUGAGGAAAAUCGUCUAUUCGACAUGUUCAAUUCAUGAAGAAGAAAAUGAGCAGGUUAUAGAAGAGAUACUUAACGAUGAAUUUUUGCGACGACAAUUCAAACUGAUAAAAGCAAUGCCAGAGUGGCCGCAUCGUGGAAAAGCAAACUAUUCAUUUGGUGAUAAAUGCUUGCGAGCAUUGCCAGAAAUUGAUCUAACUAAUGGAUUUUUUGUUGCUGUUUUUAAAAGGCGAAACUGCAAUAGCACUGGAAAACAGGGGAUUUGUUAUUUGAAAGAAAUGGUUUGUGUGCUGUGCAUAUUACCACCGAUACUUUUGGCGAUAUACAUUAAAUUCAUUCAACCGAUCAUACUCCGAUUGUUACCAGAAUCAUGGAGGAACACAUUUGAUUCGUUAUUGUAUCCGACAUGUCCAAUUCGUACAGCUUCUGCUCAAGAUACGUCUACUACGUCAAACAAAGCUCCCGACGUUCAUGAUCGAGAAAUUCAGGAACGAGUUGAUUAUGAUAACUGCCCUGGAAAUAGCAAAAAAGACGAAUAA